UUUUAAAAGAUUAAUUUACAAUCGGAAAUUUAACAUUAAAAAGUUAUUUUUAAAAGAUUAAUUUACAAUCGGCAAAAUAACAUUAAAAAGUUAUUUUGAAGAAAAAAAAUUUGUGUUGCUUUAAGGACUGACUGGUGGUUAAAUUUGUGAAUUCUAUCAUGGCUUUCGUUUAUUCUUCUCUAAGUCAUUUAACACUUUCGGAUAGUUUUAACUAUAUUGAAGCAAAAAUAUUAUAUCAUAAUAUUGUUAUUCAAAGUAAAAAUACAGUGCAUUUAUUGAAUAUUAAGGAUGGAUCUAACGGAAACCCCCAUACUACAUUAAAUUUUAAGAGUGAUAUAGUGGCUAAAGCUGAGCAGAAACAUCUAUUGUGGUUGCUAUUAAAAUCUGGCGAGCUAAAUAUAAUAAAUCUAAGAGAAUGUUCUCAUAUCGUUGUUAUUAUUAAUAAUUAUAAAAUCCGAGAACUUCACUGUAUUCCUGACAAUGAAUUAUUUUUGGUCAGUGAAAGUGGUGAUUUUUUUGUGUGCUCAUUAGCCAUUGAAGACAUAGAUAUUCAAUUCAAAAAUGGAGUAUCAGAAAUCUCUACAGAUUUAUUGAAAACUUCAAGACCGUUGAGUGUUACAAAGAGUAAUAGUAUAAACAAUGUUUGGAAAGGAUUAUUUAUUUACAAUGAACAAGAAAAUCUGACUCUGAAAUGCCCACUUACUAAUUUAAAUAGAAAUAUAGUACAUAAUAAAAAUGUGAAAUAUAUUUUACCUUGGAAUGAUUUGCUUAUAUUGUCAGAGAAGUGCAGUAUGUGGAUUAUAAACCCAAUAGAUGCCAGUGUUUUGUUUGUAUUUCCCAGCAGCACUAUGAGUUACUAUCCAGUUGAAAUUUACAAUCAAGUUCUCUACUAUUUAACAUGGAGAGAAAACGAAAUUCAAAUUUGUUGUGCCUGGAAUGCUGCUUCUCCAAAGGAAACACUUCCGAUAUAUGAAGAUUCUUCAGAAAAAUCUAUAGCUGGACUUUCGUCCCAAGAAACACUAAAACAGCAGUUACUAACACAAAUAGAAAUAGCUCUUCUCGAUAAUGAACCAACACAUUUAACAACGCAAUUGCUAUCUUAUUUUGAAAAGAUAGAAGAUUACACGUUUCUAAUAAAUGCAGCUUCUAAACUUUGUCAACAUAAUCUUGUAUACAAAUCAAUAUUAUAUUCACUACAAAAUAAAAUGUUCCUUACAGGAAAUAAGGAUUUCAUACACAUUUUAACAGAUCUUAUUAUUAAAGUCGAUUUAUUAGAGUAUAUUUCUUUCAAAGGUAAUAAAAAUUAUGAAGGAGUAAGUUUUUAUGAAAAGCAAUUUGUUGAAUUGUGUAUAAUAUUUAUAGAAAAAUCUGACUUAGAUUUAGCCUCUAUUUGCUGGUUGAAGUAUACAGAAGUUAAGCUGCAUAUUGAUUCAGAUAAUGUUAUCAGUAUUUUGUCUGCAAUACCAUAUAACAUAAAAAUGAAAACUCUGAUAAUGUGGUUGAAAAAUUUUGCUCCAUCACUCUUAGAAGAAAAUCCGUUUUAUAUUGAUCACUUUGUUAAAUGGACUGUAGAAAGAGUUUUCAAUUUAGAACACUCUGGGUAUUGGCCCAAAAUAGGGCUUAAAUUUAUAGAAGAGAUAAUUACAGUUCUAGAGCUAUCUUUAAAAAUGGUGUCAGUUCGGCCUAUUUCAAUGGAUGAAUUAGAUUCUUUAAAGGAUCAGAUUAACUAUAUAAUUGAACUCAAAGAAAAUUAUAAAAUUAACAUGUUAUUAAGUGAACUAAGUUCGCAAAGCCCUAACGAAGUAGCCAUUAUUAUGCUGCGCCGUUGUUACUCGGAAGAUCUACAGAUAUUUUUACAGGGAUAUUUGUCGUCCUAUUCUACCCGACAUUUGUUUGAACUCGAUGAUACGUUACGUACAUAUAUUGAAAGUGAAGCAGCUAUUAGCGGUGGAGGAGUAGAUGGAUUUCGUUUAAAAAUUUUACUAGAUGCCUUUCGCUCGACCACAAAAAAACUUGACUGUCUGUUACAAGUUCUGAAACUGUUAGAUGUGCCAUGGGACUCUAAUGUCUUACAAUUAGCUGUAGCUGCAGCGUCAUCAUCUUCCAGGGAUUUUACAGUCACAGACACAGAUCGAACUUUGGCAUUGGAAAUACAGAAAGAAUUCAACUUUGCAAAAGUUAAAGUAGUUUUGAAGAAAUACAAUUUUCCACUAACUUGCAGGGAUUAUAGUCUAGUUUUAAAUAAAAUAACGAGUUCUGCUAAAGUAGACUUGGAUGAUUUAAAUAUCAUUUGUAAUGUGACCAACAUUAUUCACUAUGGAAGUGUACUGUAUAUUGAUAAAUGUCUCUCUAACUGUGAAACAAAAACGGCAUUGAAUUACUUUAAUAAUUUGUCCAGUAACAAUAAAAAAAUUAUAUUUAAAGCAAUUUUAAACAAAUAUGAACAAAUUGUAAAUUCUGACUCGUCCGAUUCAACAAGCGAAAAGAAUUAUUUAGACUUUUUGAAGGGUACCUCGCUUUUGUCCGAUUAUGAAAUGAUUGAUAUUGAAAAUCUCUAUAUUCUCAAGAACUCUUUUAAUGUCACCAUGACCAUUGACAACAUCUACGAUGAAAGUUCUUGCCAAAAAAAAACAAAUGAAUGGUUGAGAAAAAAUGCCCGAAUUAUGAGUUCUGCUCAAAGAGAAUGCAUUACAAAACUCACACGCACCAGUCAGUCGAGCUCUUCUAUUCUCCUAAACAUGUUACGGCGAACUCCUGCAUCUGACUCAGUGCGUACAUUUUUAGAGAACUUGAUAAUAUCUGCCGAAGAUGCAUCGAACAAACCAAAUACAUCAGCUUUAUCAAGUUUUGAGGACGGUUGUAAUUCUACACUAUUAAUAAAUUGUUUUCAUACUUUAAUUGAUCUAAUAUUUAAAUGUGAUGAAGAUAAUUUACAUAUUUUAGUAGGCUAUUUAUCUAUCCUUAAUGCUUUGAUAAAUGGCAUUGUUAUGCACAAGCAUUUAUCCGUAGCUUGGAAGUUUCAGUAUAUUUAUUUACCAAUAUCGUCUAUAACGAGCAUGAACAAUUUAAUAAAAUUCUUUGACUUAAUGAAAACCCCUAAGUAUUCUGUUACAGAUGGUUAUAUUCUAGCAGACGGCUAUGACUUUGUACCAUUGAAAAUGAUUUCUUAUUUGUUAAAAUAUUCCUUUUUAAGCGAAAAUGCUACAUCACAGGAAGAGCUUCAUGAAGUGCAAGAUAAAGUAGCAAGAAAAUUACUAUCAAAAGUUAUUACAUACCAAGAGCUUGAUGAACUUAUACUAACAUCUUUAUUGUUAAUUCUUAGUAGUUUUGAAGGUGAAAAUAAUCAGUCGUGGCUGUUAGACAUUUUAAGAGGCCAGAGUGACGUUAUAUCACAACCAAUCAAAAAUUAUCUUUCGACACAGAUCGUGCGCCGAAUAUUUCUCCUUGAUGAUGAUUUGCCAGCGAACGUAGUUUCUUACCCACCACAACAUAUACUUAAAAUUAAAUUUAAUAUAAAUUUGGAAGACAUUGCUCUUCCUGACAACAGUGAUGAAACCUGGGAUGUCAAAGUUAUACUAUUUUGCGUUCUAAGACAGUACCCAAAUACUGAUUUUGAUCGUUUAGUUGAAUUGUGUCGUACUUUAGGCGUUACUAUUAAUGAUGGUCUAACAUUACAAAUGAUAUCUUUGCUUUCGACUUGGGAACUAAAGUAUAAAUUGAACAUUGAUGAAUUGAAUUGUCGUCAAAUGAUAUUUGAAAAUGAUGAGAAGAAUCUUAUUUCUAAAUGCCUGACUAUAUGGGAGAACGUCGAGCGUAAAGAUUUGUUAAUAGAUAUUUUAACCGAUUUUUGGAAGAAUGGAGAGGUAUCCUUAUACGGUCGCUCUGUAUCUAUUAAUCCUUAUUAUUAUGAAGUAUACAUGUGUAUUUAUUAUUUACUUUAUGGUAUUUCGGGAGAGUUAAGAAAUAUUAAAGAGUAUCUAAUUUUAAUUUUUUUAAAAGAUUACAAGAGAAUAAGUACUCCCAAACAAUAUGAAUAUGAACUAUUUUCAGUAAAAGGCAUGUUUCCUGAAAUUGGAUACUAUCGCUUACCUUUUCACCUUUUCAUGAGAGAUGAUAAAUGGUCAAACCUUAAGUCGGAAAUAACUCUAGAAACCUAUGAGCGCUGGUUACCAGUUGUCGGUCUGCUAUCUUUAGAUUCUGAUUCACAGACAGCUAAGGAUAUGAUUUGCAGUAAUGCACUCAAGCAAACCAUGACAACUCGAAAGCGCCUUGAAGGCAAUGAAGAAGAAGGCACAGAGCCGUGGCGUUUAAUUACUAGAGAAGAACCUUUGCUUCGCGCAGCUCAUAAAUGUGUACGACAUAUUGCCAAUAUGGAAUGGGCAGGAGCUUGUUUGUUCUAUGUUCUACAAGGCUGUGCUCGUGGGGCAGAUCAAGUAGCCGCAGCUCAUUUGUGCUAUCAGUUUGCACAACGGUGGGCCGCUGUCCAACCAGGUAACCGCGCAGUGCGACAAAUGGAGCGUUUGCAUUCUUCCCUAUCAACACGUCACGCAUUACAUAAAAUUAAUUGGGCUUGCGAAGAAUUUAUUCGCCUUUCCACUGAACCAUCACAGCUGAUUCGUGCUCUAUAUCUUCACCCUGCGUUUGUGGAAAAGAUGUCACGCCACGACGUUAAUCGUGCUGCCAAUGAAAUUGCUGAUAAAAAUGGAAUAAAUAUAAGUUCUAUUAGAAUUCAUUUAUUGGAGAAUAUUCUCGAAAGAACUCAUAAUGAAAAUUCUCGCAAAACAAUGGCGGGCUUAAACAAUAGAGAAUUAAAAACUGCAAAAUAUAUACUAAAAGCAACUUGCCCUAAAAUGGGAGCUAUUUAUUUAUCUCGUAUAGCGUUUGACGAUGACAGUGAUCAUAACAAAGGCAAAAAACUACGCGCUUUACAAUGUUUAAUGAGUGUUGUAGAAACAGAUACUGCAGUUAAAGUUACAAAUCGUGAACGUGAAGCUUUGUGGAAUUCGCUUGUAGAAUUAAUACAUAUUGUUAGUUUAGAAAAUAUUGAAAUGCCAUGGGUCGUUGCUACGUUUACACAGGAUAAAUGUAGGGCAAUUGAACUACUAUUACAAGUUAGUACAAAUAUCGAAGCACUAAAAAUUGCAGCAGAAUUAGGACGGAAAUAUGGUAACAUAAAAAUAGUAAGCGAUCUUUUACCUUUAUUAUUAAGGGCUGGUUUAUACGAUGAAAUGACACCAUUGUUAUUGAAACUCUCUGCUCCUCCUAACGACUUCAUUUAUACUGCAUGGCGUGCCGUCAUUAUCACUCCGUUUCAACAAGCUGAUCAUCCUAUCACAGAACGUCAAAAAAUAAAAUGUGUAAAUGCUAUAAAUUUGUUACCUGUAUGCCCUGUUAUCAAAGAUGAAGAUCUAGUAGAAAUAUGGAAAAAUUGUGUUAGGUGUAAAUGUUUUGGGGUAGGUUGUUUAGUUCUCCCUUACAUGAGUACUCAAACUAGGCAUUCAUUAAGUGAACUACAAAGAAUUGACAAAAGAAAUUUAAUAGCUAGUCUUAAAAACUUACAUGCUGAGACUUAUCUUAUUUCUGGGGCUAUGCAUGUUAUAGAAAAUAUGUCAUUUAGAGGACAAAGAUAAUGUAUAAUUUACCAUAUGUACCCACUCAGAUCAGUUGUGUAUUGAUUAAACAUAUUCGAGCAUAAUGUAUUUGUUUCAUUUAUGAACUUUAGUAGGAGAUCUACCGGUUUAAUUUCCUGUUAUUAACGCCUUUUGUGCAAUGCACACGAUUUAACAACCCUAGAUACACCAACAUGAACAAAAUCGUGCCCGAAACCUGUCCAAAAGGUACAUUGAACUCCGCGUAUUCAAAAACAAUAUAAGGCCAUACUUAGAUAAAUGAUUGGUCUUGCUACGCUCGAGUGUAGCGAGACCAAUUCCGCGAAUUUAUUGACCUCCCGUUGGAGAAUUCGUUGGACCUCCUUUUAGGUCAAUAGGUGAAAAGUAAGGGAAAGACCAUAGCCUUAGCCCUUAGGACAAGGGUGUCCGUGAUGCUAGCGUACCCACGAUCAAUAUACGGUUUUUCGUUAUGCCUUAAUGGCACUAUUUGACACACUAUUUAUACAUAUAGAAUAGAUAACGAGAAAAGUUCAUUUUCUUUGAGAACUAUUAUGGGUACGCCAGGUUGACGCCAGCUAAGAAUGUUUAGUUCAAUUAUGAAAUUUUGUAAAGCCAGGGCACUAUUUGCGAACUAUUUUUGUGUGUCAAUUUUGU